CUUAUGUCCUCCAGGCCAUGGUGUAAGACCCCAGGCUCUUAUGAGCUCCUCGAAGGGAUUUUGUGUCAAAAAGAUACAAAGCCCCAAAACCCACUGGACGGAUUUAUUAAAGUGGCCUUCAGCUCUUUUAUACCUUGAGGCCACACACAGAAAAAACACUACGACUCUUUUCAAGCAGUCAAAAUAGCACACUUUUAUUGGCAAAAUUUGCCAAGUAGGGGAACGUGGCAAAAAUUUAAAACAAACAUUCAGUCAACCUAAAGCAUUUCACAAAGCACUGACUUAGCAAAUUCCAACCCAUCCAGGUUUAAGUUACUCAAGUAUCAAGAAAAGGAAAUUAAGAGAAGUGGAAGAAGUAAAGAAAGAGAGAGAGAGAGAAUUAUAGCCACCACUUUAGAUUCAUCAUAGAAUCAGCUAUCAGAAGUCCAAGAACAGUAGGGUCAUGCCAACGUGAAGGCCACGUGGUCUUGGUUUUAUUUGCUCUGUCCUUCACAAAUGGCAGUGGUAAUCACACUCCUCCUGGCUGUGGUGGCCAUCCUGCUUGGAAAGAUGCACGAUCUUAUAGUCAGUGUGGUCACAGCCCAGUGGAUGAAGCUGCAUGAGGUUUUUCUGCAUCCGGUGAUGACAUGGCUUUGGCAGGACGUUAAGCUGACCAGCCCCAUGGAAAAAGCCUCACUCCUUCCAAAAUUGCAAAGCUGGCCCUUUUGCACCGCUGCAGCAGCCAUGCUCGCUGAGAUUUGCUGGGUGGCCUGGCAAAUGCAUCUUGCCUCUCGCAGCUGCACUGGGCAGGAUAGCUCCAGCAGCGAGGAGGAGGAGGAUGACAGUGAGAAGGAAAAGGACCUCAAGGGACAGCACCCCAGUGUUCGGAUGUUUUCUGUGUACAAUGUAUUGCCAACGCAGGAACUGUCUGAGAUGUGCAGGGAUGUGCAGAAGUUGGUGCGUGACCUUCUCCGUAUCUGCCGAGUGAUUUGCAAGAAGACUUCCAUGCCAGAGAUGUACCCAGCCACCGGGAAGGAUGGCAUCCAUGAAUCCUGGAAUGUCUUUGAGGACCGAAUCAUGUACCUGCUGGUUGUGUUCCUGCAGCCACCCCCUGGAUACUCUUUCAGGUUGGAGCUGUAUGGUGGGAUGCACCUGCCAGAGAGAUGCUGCAACAUCCGUGUGGUGCUGGAGUGCACGUGCUCAGGGACAGGGGAUAUGUUUUGUUUUCUCCACCCCUCUGACAACAACCAGAGCUCUCCCCUCCUAUCCACCCUCUGCACAGGCUCCUACUUAGAUGUGGAGGAAAUUGCCUGCUGGAUGCAAAAUUUGGUGGGAUCAGCCUGGGAGAGUUUGCCUCAGUGGCACGACUGGGAGCUCCGGGUGCUACCCUCCUCCCACUCCUGCAGGCUCCUGCUGACUGGACCCUCUGAGGCGCAGCUCUGUGUUGUGUUGAUGUUUGCAGUGCAGCAGGGCAGCCCAGGCACCUUCCUGGUCCUCCAGUAGGCAGUGGCAGCUUUCCCAGGCACUGGUUUGGGCUGGGGCUGCACAGGGAGUUGGGAGCACACACAGCUGGGACAGCACAACAGACCAUUAUGCUCAGUAUAUGAAAGAGAAGGGGAGAAGGAAGAGGAAGGGGAUAGGUUUGCAGUCACAGCAUUUGUCUUCCAAGUCACCAUUACUGGUGACGGAGCCCAGUCUCCCUGGAAAUGGGUGAACACCUGCCUGCCCAUGGGAAGACAAAUGUUGCAACUCCUAAUGUCCCCACAGAAUCACAGAAUGAAAUAGGUUGGAAAAUACCUCUGAGGCCAUCAAGUCCAUCCUAUGACUGAACAACAUUCCUGGAUGUCACACAAUCAAGUGCCACGUCCAGUCUUUCCUUAACACCUCUGGGGAUGGUGACUCCACCACUUCCCUGGGCAGUCCAUUCCAAUG